AAUGAAAAAUGAAACCCCUCCUUCCUCCACACACAGUCACAGAUCACACACAGCCUCUCUUUCUCUCUCUCUCUCUCUCUCUCUCCAUCUCCAUCGCGGUUUCUUCUCCUUCACACUCACUCGUCUUCACUCUCACAGAUUCUUGCUUCAUUUCCUCGCUUCCCACUUGCGUAAAGGGUGAAGACUGACCGAGAAAGGGUUCAAAAAAACUUGAAUUUUGUUGGAUUCAAAAUCAUAAAGUGUGCGCUUCCCUGCAAUUGGUGGAAAUGUCACUAAAUCUCGUCACUUUCCUUCCAUUUUCGACCAACAACACUCCAACUGCAACCGCGGUUCUUCAAUUUUGAACAGGGUUUCAACUUUCUCGUUUCUGGAAAACGAGAAAUGGAGAUGGAGAAAAGGCGUUCUAAGGGAAGCUUCCUCAGCUUGUUUGAUUGGAAUGCCAAAUCUCGGAAGAAGCUGCUUUGGAACGAUCCAAACUUACCUGAAGUUUCAAAGCAAGGAAAGGAAAAUGUGGUGACCUUGCCAGAGUCACAGCUUAGAAGGAUAAAGGUGGAUGAAAAUGGAGCAAGUCCUAGUAAUAUGGCAAGUGGUGAUUUUAGUUCAAACCUAUCAAUUUGUAGUGAUGAAGGAUGCGGGAGUAAAGCACCUGGAUUAGUAGCGAGGCUCAUGGGUUUGGAUUCGUUGCCAGCUUCAGCGAAUACUGAGCUCUCCUGCACUUCAUUGAAUGGCUCUAGCUCUCAUGGGGUGUCUCAUUGUAACGAGGUAGCUCUUCCAAUGGAUGAGUUUUGCCCCAGGGACUACAUGAACAUGACACAUAAGCUGGAGAUGUCUUCUUCGGAUGCCAUGGAAUUAAGGGCACGGAAAAUGGAGAAUCGGCCUAUGAAGAGAUUUCAAACUGAAAUGUUGCCUCCAAAGUCGGCUAAACCCAUUCCAGUUACUCACAAUAAACUGCUGUCUCCUAUCAAGAGUCCUGGUUUUCUGCCACCAAAGAAUGCAGCUCACUUAAUGGAGGCAGCUGCUAAGAUAAUUGAGGCAAGCCCCCAGCACUAUACUAGGGAUAGAAUGCCAUCUGUUAGGUCUUCAUCUGUUCCCUUGAGAAUUCUUGAUUUGAAAGAGAGAUUGGAAGCUGCACAAUGUGCAUUCACACCUGAAAAGCUUGUAGGUCCAAGCAAUGCUAACCCUGCAAAUGGCAUCCUCUAUGAGAGGAGCAGUAAUUCACAUAAAUGUACUUCUGCAUUCAAAGGUUCAAGAGAUUCGGAGAAAAACAGUUCUAGCCAUUCUGCAACUAGAAGAAGAUCAGAUUCACUUGCAUUACAAGCCAAACCCAAUGUUCAAAACAGGGAUACAUUGAAUUCAAAUGGUAAUAGGAAAUAUGUGAAGCAGAAAGAACAGAAAGAGAUAAAGUCAAACCAGCUCUCAAGGAGCCAGAAACCUAGUUCACACCGAGAUGUGCACCAGAGAACUUGCACAAGUAGGAAUAGCAAUGUGCUUGGGCAGAAUAAUCAAAAGCAAAAUUGCAUGACUACCACGAGUAAACCGAUUUCCAAAAUAGAUUCCAAUAAGGCAACAGCACGAGCUUCAUCUUCAGAAAGUUCUAUUGGAACAAGGAAGACUACAGGCAGGGGUGCUAAAAAUGUCAAUGUUCAGCCUAAAAGAUCAAGCUUGAGGGCAACUGAUAACAGAAAAGAGUUUCUGCCGUCCAAAACUGAGAGCAUUUCCCAAAAGAAAAAGUUUAUCAGCAGAAGUUCUCAUGAGGCAAGAAGUCCUGAUCAUGCUGUCAAUAAUUUUCAAAGUAAAUCCAUAAAAUGCAAUUUUACUACUGAUGGAAGAAUUCAUCAGGAUGCCUUUAACAUGAAGGAAGGCAAGGAUGUUAUUUCAUUUACCUUUAUGUCUCCUUUGAGGAAAAGCAUGCAUGACUCACCAUCCUCUACUGAGCAAGCCAUGGAAAUCAGAAAUAGUGUUGGUGUCAACUCUCCUGGGCAUAAUGAUAAUUCUUAUCACAGAAAUUUAUCAUUAUCUCCGCCAGGGUUAAAUAUGAUAGAUAGUGAUGCUUUAAGUCUCCUGUUGGAGAAAAAGCUGCAAGAAUUGACAUCUAGACUUAACUUACCUCAAUGUACCCUGGCCACAGAGGGCACCUCUACUGGUUUGAGUUCUAGUUUGCAAGACAAAGUUCCUAGUAUGGUAAGCAUCACAUCUAAGGAACAAGACAAGAGCUUUUACCCUGACCAGUUUAGUGAUAAACUGGAUUGCAUGCAUAACUAUCAUUGUUCAAGUGGUGAUCCAGUUCUUAACCUGAAUCAACAAAUUCAGACAUCAGAAGUAAGGGAAGAUCCUCGCUGUAGCAGCAAAGAUGCAAAUGAUCUAGGUUUUCAACAUCCCAAUGCUGUUACAGUUCUUGAAACUUCUUUUGCCAGUGAAAGCUAUCUGGAUAGUGAAGACAGUACAUAUGGCAGCACAGUUUAUUCUUCCAUGCAAGAUGAAGAAGUGUCUGAUUAUUCCCAGACACACGAAUCUGUAUCGCUUGCAAAUGAGGGAAAAUGGUCAGAGCAAAACUCUUCCACUUUUACUGGCGGAAAUAUGGCUGUCAAACAAAUAACUCGAAUAUCAGAUUUGGGAGGUUGUGAAGUAUCAAGUAACAUGGAACUCGAGUAUAUACAGGACAUACUUGAGAAUGCAGAUUUUAUGUCAGAAGAAUUUGUCAUGGGUCAAGCUGAUACAGUCAUAAUGCCAAAUCUCUUUGAUCUAUUGGAAAAUCAGGGCAGUAGUGGAACAGAAAACUAUGGAGAUGAGUACUCAAAGCUUGAAAGGAAGGUUUUAUUUGACUGUGUGAGUGAGUGCCUAGAGUUGAGAUUUACGCAAGCUUUUGUGGGAAGGUGCAAAUCAUGGCCUAGAUGGGUGACAUCAGUUCAGAGGAAGAGGUGGUUGGCAGAAGAAUUGUACAAGGAGAUGUUUGGUUUUAGAAACAUGGAAGAGGUGAUGGUGGAUGAGCUUGUGAGCAAGGAUAUGAGCACUGGAUGUGGGAAAUGGCUUGACUUUGACAUUGAAGCAUUUGAAGAGGGUUCAGAGGUUGAGCAGGACAUUCUAGCUUCUUUGAUUAAUGAAUUGGUUUCUGAUUUAUUGCUUGGUUAACCUCUUGGUGGCUUCCAUUCUUUACCAAUAUUUUAUGCAUUUUUUUUGUCAACAAUAUAUUACGUAAUUGGUAUUUAGAAGGAUCAUACCAUUACAAAAUUCUUAGAAAGAACCUUAGAAUAUAAUCUAGUCCCCUUGAUGGUCCUUGGAUA